AUGGUCAGAUCUUCCCGUUGUCGCUCCCCUCCAACCAUCUGCAAUCAUGGCGGGCAGCAUCGCCGAACUGGCGCCCCCACCGACCUCCCACCGCCACCACAUAGCUGCCGCCACAACGUGUGGCAACGCGAGUGGGGAACCUGGGUGGCCGAGAUCACCGACCGGAACACCGGUCGGCGGAUCUGGCUAGGCACCUUCCAGUCGGCAGCGCAGGCGUUGUGGAGGCAUGACAUCGAGAAUGCCAGCCUCCACGGCAGCAAGUGCGGCGAGCUCAACUACCCGCUCGACAUCGCCGAGCCUGUGCCGGAGCUCGUCGUGCCUCCCCACCGCGGCCGUGCGGCCCAGCUCGGGAGGGAGGACCGCGAUGCGUGGAACGCCUCAAGGCCGAGCGUGCCGGCGAGGAAGGCGGCGGCGUAUGCCAUGUGCGAGGGGAGGCACCACGACAAAGGAGGAGGAGGAGCACGAGGCGGCAACAACGACGACGGCAUCAACUUCUCCACGUUCGACGACUAG